CCUGGGUGGAACGCUCGGAGGUGAAUACCGCUGCAUCUGACACCGCCGAAAGCAGCGAGAAAACACCCAAGCCUGCCGGCAUGUCCACCUCCUUGCGGGUGAGCCCGUCCGUCCACGGCUACCGCUUCGACACGGCCUUGCGCAAGAAAGCGGCGGCCAACAUCUUCGAAAGCCUGGAUCAAGAGGCCCUGGAGAAGCUCUUCAAAAACUCGGGCGAUCGAAAAGCAGAAGAAAGGGCCAAGAUCAUUCUGGCCACUGACCAGGACCUGGAAGAGAAAGCCCGGUCCCUCAUGGCUUUGAAGCAGAGGACGAGAGAGAAACUCUUCCAGUUCCUCAAGUUUGGCAAACACUCCAUCAAAGUCCACUGAAGAACGAUCAAAGGGCAGAAUGGGAUGAAAACAACGCGACUCUCCGGCCAAUCUCAUCAUUUUUUUUGCACAAGGUUCUUCCCGUCUGCUGCCAGGCAUUGAGCCCAGCAGGGCGAGGGACGCUGGGAGACGCCGGCCGUGGCUGUUCAGUCCCAUUUUUGCACCCUUCAAAGCUGACAGCGAUAUACACUUCCUCUCUGGACUCGGACUUGCAGAACUGUCCAGAGCGAGAGAGCCAAGGCCGUUGGCCACCGAGUCCGAAAAGCAUCAGUCCCUGAGGCGCAGGGAUGGUAGAGGGGAAAAGCCACACGAUCAGAUGCAGCAUUUCCCAGCCAACUUGGGCCAAGAAGAGGCCAAACCGUUUUCUUCUUCUUCUAAACUGAACUUUCUGACUGUCUGACAACAUUUCCUGACGUUUGCUUAUUGAAUGUGUAAAGCCUUCUGUAAGCCUCCCUCUUGUCUGCUGGGAUGAAAAGGAUUAGGAGGUGAUCAUUUGCAUUUGUUGAAUAUGCACCAGGAGAAACGCCUGCCGCCCGGGAGUUUCAGGCAGCGGACUUUCUGUCGGGACAUUGUGAAGCAACCCUGUGGCUUUUCCGGUGCUAAAACUAAUUGCACAAAAGUUUGGUGGUUAUUUUUUUUAAAAAAAUAACUUUCUUCCUGAAUUGAAUGAACUGUGAACGUCUCUUUGGGACACUGAAUUCUCUUUACAUCAAAGUGCCAUUUUACUUUAAUUUUUUUUUUUUUUUUUUUUUUGCCACAGUUACAAUUCUUGUAGUGAAUUUAACAGGCAAAAAGCUAUGUCGAUGUUUUAUGAUGCUGCUGUAGUGAUGCUGGCAUUAAAUUAUUGCAUAUGCUAACCUGUGGAGCAAAUAAAUUAUAAUGUUGAUACAAUU